CAUCUCAGUCAUUCCAGUCAUCCUAGUCAUCCCAGUCAUCCCAAUCAUCCCAGUCACCCUAGUCAUCCUAGUCAUCCCAGUCAUAGUAGUGAACUAAGUCAUCCCAGUCAUCCCAGUUAUCCCCUGUCAUCCCCUGUCAUCUUAUUCAUCCCAGUAACAGUAGCCAACUAACAGUAACAGUAGCCAACUAAGUCGUCUUUUUCAUCCUAGUCAUGACAGUCAUUUCAGUCACCCUAGUUAAUUUACCAGUAGUCAUCCCAGUGAUCCUAGUCAUUCCAGUCAUCUCAGUCAUCCCAGUAAUCCAUGUCAUCCCAGUCAUCCCAGUCACCCGAGUCAUCCUAGUGAUCCCAGUCACCCUAGUCAUCCCAGUCAUCCCAGUCACCCUAGUCAUCCUAGUGAUCUCAGUCAUCCCAGUCACCCUAGUCAUCCUAGUGAUCCCAGUCAUCCCAGUCACCUUAGUCAUCCUAGUGAUCCCAGUCAUCCCAGUCACCCUAGUCAUCCUACUGAUCCCAGUCAUCCCAUUCACCCUAAUCAUCGUAGUGAUCCCAGUCACCCCAGUUUUCCUAGUCAACUUAGUCAUCCCAGUCAUUCUAGUUGUCCCAGUCCUUCUAGUGAUCCCAGUCAUCCCAGUCAUCCUAGUCAUCCCAGUCACCCUAGUUUUCCUAGUCAACUUAGUCAUUCCAGUCAGCCUAGUCAUCCCAUGCUAGUCAUGUUAGUACUCCCAAAAAUCCCAGUCAUCUCAGUCAUCCCAGUCAGCAGUGUCAUCCCAGUCAUUCAAGUCAUCCUAGUAAUCCCACUCAUCCCAGCAGUGAUUCAGAUUCAUGUCGGUCUUCGGACAUAGUCAGAGACCAAUUUUUAUUUGUCUGAACAAAUUUCCCUAAUUAUGACAAAUAUCCAAAAUGAAAAUAAAAUAUGAAAUACUCUAAAUGUGUCUGGUGGUAGUGAUUAAUGUUAGAGAUGGGCACAAUUUUCCAUAUAGUGAAUAUAUCCCUAGUCACUGAACAACGCAACCGCUGCCAUCUUGGAUGUAUUUUACAAAGAUCUCACAGUGUGUGCGAUUCGUCAGACAAAAGCCAAUAGGAGCGCUUGUUAUAAUGCAGGCGCCAACUUUGAUUCUUUUUUGAGCAAACCAGGUGAAAGAAAGACCUUAGUUAUGGCUGAAAAGAGCCAAAAACCUUUGCUAUAUUUUUUCACAUGAAGAAAGCAGUGUGAAGACGAAUCUAAUAAAGAAAGCACAACAAUGCAAGUUGCUCAUGAAGAUUUGAAUGAUGUUGAUGAUCCAACAAAAGAAAGCAUGAAGUACAGUUUAUGUGAGUAUGUUUGGCUAACAUAAGAAUAUCCUGUGACGAUUUUUCUUUGUUAUGAAAGUCACAUGUUUGAACAUUUUUCUUUUGUGCUGUGUUUGUAAUUUUAAAAUCCACUCCAUGUUUAAUAGGUAAGGAAAGAGGAAUACAAAAUAUGUUCACAUCUCAUUCUGGAAACACAAACUUCAAACUUGAAAGAGUAUAAUACGUUCAAGUUUAAUGCGGUCAUGCAUUGGCAUUGCUAUUAACAAAAGAAAUAGGUCUCCUAGACCUUUUCCAUCUGAAAGUAUACUUUUAUGUAUCUUUUAAACAAAAAGUAUCUUGAAAGGAUCUAAUCAGUCUCGCUUACGUAAGCAGCAAAACUCAUAAUCUGCAACGUGUUUUUCGUCGUAUUUAGGACACAAAAGGUAGGUCAUUGUGCCAGGCUUUCUUUGUGGAGACCGUGAAAAACUGGGACUAAGAAUCGUUGAGUGAUCGAAGCCGUACAUGUUUUGUGAAGAAAACUUAGGGAAGAUUAAAUUUAGAGCUUUUCUGAAAUGUGUCGGUCCAAGAAUCCUAUUGCUUGAAAGCGUUGACUGCUUUGGACCAAGUGAACACUACUGAGUGGUCGAAAAAAAUAACACUCUUAAUUAGCAAAACUGCAAUGGUCUGGUGUUGUAGACUUUCAUUGUAUGUAAAUGGUCUUGUGUUGAGCAUGCGAUUUAUUUUCGGCGAUGAUUGAAAUGACGUGCCAUGUAAAUCAAUUUUUGAUCUCUGGCAUUGAUGUAAUUUAUCUGGAAUUGAGGGCCUUGAAUUUUUGUGUAUUUAUACAUGCAUAUAGCCUGCAGCAGAUGUAUUUUGGGUUGUUGCCAACACGCAUAUUAAAUCAAUUCAGAAACAAAUAAAAAGUAUCGACAUUGAUAAAGUAAGAAGUAAAAAACCUUUAGUGAGUAAACUCUGUUUCGUGUAGAAUUAAUCACCUCCUCAUUUCUCAAUCUAAUCAUCAAUAAAGCAAGAGAGAAUGCCGCUGUAAGAGCGUUCGUGUUUCCAUCUAUUUUGUCAUAACCAAAAAAAAUUAUGUGACAAAAACUAAAAUGUCCUAAGAAAAUUUGGCCCUUUAGUACAUUUGUCCUAAACACUUUUUCAUGGACCUGAAUCACUGCUAAGUCCCAGUCGACCUAGUCAUCCCAGUCAUCUUAGUGAUCCCAGUCAUCCCAGUCACCUUAGUCAUCCUAGUGAUCCCAGUCAUCCCAGUCACCCUAGUCAUCCUACUGAUCCCAGUCAUCCCAUUCACCCUAGUCAUCGUAGUGAUCCCAGUCACCCCAGUUUUCCUAGUCAACUUAGUCAUCCCAGUCAUUCUAGUUGUCCCAGUCCUUCUAGUGAUCCCAGUCAUCCCAGUCACCUCAGUUUUCCUAGUCAACUUAGUCAUUCCAGUCAGCCUAGUCAUUCCACGCCAGUUAUGUUAGUAAUCCCCAAAAUCCCAGUCAUCUCAGUCACCCCAGUCAGCAGUGUCAUCCCAGUCAUUCAAGUCGUCCUAGUAAUCCCACUCAUCCCAGCAGUGAUUCAGAUUCAUGUCGGUCUUCGGACAUAG